UAGCAAACUUAGCACUUAGUUUCGGAACUUGGUUAGCCAAAAUUUGUGGAUUUGGGGGGAAAAAGGUAGGGGGUAGAUCAAUGGAUGAUUCUGUGCAAGAGGAGUAUGCUCGUGAUUCGCGUUACGAUCGCCAGCGCGAAUUGGCCAAACGGCGACUUCUUUUCUGGGCAGGACGUUUACAAAUGAUGCCCCACGAGGUGGAAGGGAUGUCUGAUGAGGAGCUCAACCUUAGGUUUGAAAACAUAAAGAGGGAGGAAGCUGCGUUUGAACAGCGAAAAAUUGACUUUGAGCGCUGGGAAAAACUCAACCAGUUAAGAUACCUCAUGUACGAAGAGCAGAGAAAGUACAACGAGCGUUAUGGACGUCCAUCUGGUGGUGGUGCGUCCAUCUGGCGCAUCCUGGCAAUGGCCCAGCAUGAUCUCGAGGAGAAACUCCAAAUAAAUCACCUGCGAGGGAGUUGCCAGCGUUUUCCCUCACCCAUGUCUUUAAUGGAGGAGGAACGAACUAGUGGGGGAAGGCAGAGAUUGCUGGAACCAGUGAGAUCUAGCCUAUGUGGCUGUAUUUCAGAUUCAGAUGGUGAUCUCUUUACUCGCAACCCAGAAAGAUAUAAACAAACCCACAAGGAACCCCUUAAAAAUCGCUUUUUACCCCUUUUCAACGAAUAUUGCAAUCCUCAAGCCAAAAGUAAAGAUUCCUGUACAUGUGAUGGGGAACCAUCAAGUCUGGGCUUUUGUCCUCUCUGCAACAAGGAACACCUGCGCUUGCCACCUCCUUUCUGAUCAGGCAAAUAAAUCAAAAGGCCAGACCUGUAAUAAACCCA